CUGAUUCUGGAGAUAUGACGAUCCAACGGUCUUUUACGUUUCCGUCUGUUCUACCGACAUGGCACCUUGGACACAUGGUCAAAGCAAUACGCGAUAUGAAGCAACGAAUGAACGAUGUGGAUGUCGUGAUCGAGACUAGAGAUGCGCGAUUACCCUUGACGAGUAUCAAUCCAGUAUUCGAGGAAAUUCUCAAAGGCCCAUCUGUCAAAAAUCGAGCACCUUCGGCAUCAUCAAGCUCGCCGAUCCGAUUGAUCGUGUAUAACAAGAAGGAUUUGGCCGACCCUCGCUUGGAAAAGCCGCUAAAGGACGCAUUCAAAAAGCAUGGUCAGACAGUAUUUUUCACUAAUGCAAGAAUCGAUGAAGACGUCAGACAGAUACUUCGGCUGUCCAAGGAGCUUGCUUGCCCCAGAAUCCUGUCGCGUUAUGGAAAAGCUGCACCGUCCUCCGAUACGAUAUCGACGAAUCUUGUUCAGUCGCAGUCUCGAAAAAAGUCGAGUCUGUCAUCUUUGGAUCCAAAUAGAGGAAUUCGAAUUAUGUUUUGUGGGAUGCCGAACGUUGGCAAAUCUAGUUUACUGAAUGCUUUAAGAAGAGUAGGAUGCCAAAAAGGCAAAACGGCAUCUGAGGCACCUAUGCCCGGUCACACUCGUUCCAUCGGUGGAAUGGUCAGGGUUUCUGAAGGUUCUAAACAAACCGCUGGUUGGCCGGUGUAUGCAUUUGAUACUCCUGGGAUUAUGGUUCCAUAUUUGGGUCAGGGAGAAGAGGCUGGCGAUAGAGCAUUCAAGAUGGCUAUCACAGCCGGCAUCAAGGAGACUCUCUUCGACCCGUACGACCUGGCAGCUUACUUCUUCCACCUUCUUCUCCUGCGACAUUCUUCGCCUUUUGACCCCAUCUCAAGGAUCUCCGAAGUUUUGAAGCUACCUCCGACUUUUGCUUCGUCGAUCAAGGAUCAUCUCGAUGCUUCUCAACCUCUACCCACGGAGCAGCUGCUCUCAGCAAUUGCAGAUCGCAUCAAAGCUGUCGAAGUCGGCGGGGUUCCGAACUUGGAAGCAGCAGCUCAGUGGAUGCUCAAAUGUUUUCGGGACGGACGAUUUGGAGGUUGGACGCUGGAUGAUGUUGGUCAGGAAUCUAUUGGCGCGAAUGUUUGCAACAGUUCGGAAACAUCAAUCAUCAGGUUGAUUGAAUCAAGUAGCAAAACAGAUCAAUCAAUUCAACCGAUAGACGAUCGUGCACUGACAGAGAAUUCGACGCAUAUCGAAGGUUGCAUUUCAAGCUACUUCGCCUCUGAUCGUACAUCUCCAAAGAGUAAAACGGCGGUUAAAAUGGAAGCCAGGAGAGCCAAAAAGGACGUUCAGCGUGCACAACAAGAACUCAAACCCAUCAAACAUCGGCCUCCUCAAUCCUCUCGCAGAUGAAUAAUACUCGCAGAUAAACAAACCUUGAAUUUGUAGCCACUUAAGUGUCUUCCUGGAUUUUCAAAAGCGUGUAAUUUGUCUCAUUCCCAAGUAAAUAAUGCAGCAUUUUGGAACUCAUAGAUGACCCCCAAGUUACUCUUGAUG